AUGCAGAGUCCACCUCCUGCCCCCUUUUUUGGAAAUAGAGCGCCUUUUCAGGGGAAGCAAGGCGCUGUUUAAAAGAGCACCUGAGCAUUGACGAGGCACGCCCUCGUGAGCAAGAGUGAGAGAGAAAAGACUAUGUGCGCUUGUUUGUUUCUGGAGGUUCGGCCAAUCCUUUUCCCCACCACCACACCUAGCCUUGUCUGCAAGGUCUGCGACCACCUCUUCUCUUUUCUCCUUUAUCCAAACCCUUGACACCAUUUCGCCUAUUGCUUUUCCUUCGCCAUGGACUCCAACACAACGGACCAGCUCUUUGACAGCGCAACCACCACACUGGCGCAGCUCACACAGACCAUCCAUGGACUCGACGCUUCCACAUACACGCGCGACUCGUCAGCACUGCCUGGCAGCACGAUAGGCAAGCACGUCCGCCACAUUCUGGAUCACUUCAACCUGCUCGGCUGCAACGCGGACACCAUGAGCGUCAACUACGCCCAGCGCAUCCGCAAUGUGUCCACCGAGAGCGAUGUCCAGGCCGGCCUGGAGGCGAUCCGCCAGGCGGUGGCGUGUGCGGAGGGCCUGAGGAAGCAGGGGGUGGAGGCAGGCGAGGCCAUUGAGGUUGUCGACGUCAUGAGCAGCGGCAGCGAGGUUGCGCUCAUGUCGACUGUGGGCAGGGAGCUCUGGUUCUGCGUUCACCAUAUGGUGCAUCACAACGCAGUCAUCGCGCAGCUGUUUUUCGAGUUUGGCCUGACUCCGUCGCUCAAGACUGCCUAUGCUCCGUCCACACUCAAGGCUUCCAAAUGAAAGAGUGCUUCUUAUUCAAGUUGCUAAUAAAAAAGAUAGAGGGGGCUGUUUUUACAUGCCGCCAACACCCAGACCGCCAAGCUCGGCCUGCUCCUUCGCAAAGGUCUCAAAGUAGUUGUAGAUGAUGGUGACGGCCAGCAGAAUACCGGUGCCCGAGCCAAUGGCGCCAAGCAGAUCAGCCGAGAUCGACAGAAUACCAAUGAUCACACCACCGACCAC